CCUUGUCUUGAGUUUUGAGCAUGUGAAUGAGUGUCCUCGCAAAUCAAAUUUGGACGUCUCUGUACUUGAACCUCGCGCCUCACACUUUGAGACUUUGAGAGUCUCAAUCAAGAGGACCGAUCGUUAAUUACAUACACAUACCUACAUCGAAUCAAGGGCUAAAGAGGAUGGGCUUCAUCGAGCUUGUGGCCCAGCAUGUCUCCAUCAAGGCCAUCUGCCUCGUCACACUCACCUUAUGGGUGGCCCGGAUGACCAUCAACCGUAUCAGAGAGCAUCGCAAGAUCAAGAGCAUGGGCAACUAUGGCCACGCUCUCCAGCCUCGUCUUCCAUUUGGCAUCGACUUCAUCUACUACGGCGUCCGCUCCACCAUUGCCCACAAGAACCUCGAGCUAUGGCGCGACAUGUUCUUCGCCAACGGCACCUACACCUGCGAGAUGCGCAUCCUCAACGAGCGCGUCGUCCUCACCGUCGACCCGGACAACGUCAAGGCCGUGCUGGCGACGCAGUUCCACGACUUUGGCAAGGGGCCCGACUUCAAGCGCGAGUGGUCCGAACUCCUCGGCGACAGCAUCUUCACCACCGACGGCGCCCAGUGGCACGACAGCCGCCAGCUCCUCAGGCCCCAGUUCACCAGGGAGCGCCUCAGCGACCUGCACUGCUUCGAGACGCACGUCCAGGCGCUCUUCAAGGCCAUGGCCAACGGCGGGCCGCUGCACGGCGAGGGCCACGAGGUUGACCUCUCGCGGGCUGAUGGGCGGCGGCUCGACAUCAGCGAGCUCUUUUACCGAUAUACCCUCGACGUUGCCACGGACUUUCUCCUGGGCAGCGACGUCAAGUCGCUCUCCACCCCCAAGCACGACAUUGCCGAAGCCUUUGCCGAAGCCCAGCGCCUCCAGAACAUCAUGGUCCGCGCCUCCCGCCUGCGCUGGCUCAUCCCCAAGGCCGCCUACCGCGCCAACAUCCGCAAGAUCGACGCCUUUGUCAACGGCUUCAUCCAGCGCGCCCUGCUCAUGAGCCCCGACGAGCUCGCCGCCCGCUCCUCCUCGGACAACGACAACGACAACAACAACAUCAAGGGGACCGGCGGCUACACCUUCUUGCACGCCCUCGCCGGCUUCACCCGCGACCCAAAGGUCCUGCGCGACCAGAUCCUCGCCGUCCUCAUCGCCGGCCGCGACACCACCGCCGCCACCAUGUCCUGGGCCAUCUACGAGCUGAGCCGCCACCCGCACGUCGUCCGCCGGCUGCGCACCGAGAUCCUCGAGACCGUCGGCCCUUACGACGGCAACGACGACGACGACGACGGCCGCCGCCGCCUGCCCACGUACGAGCACCUCAAGAACAUGCCGUACCUGCGCGCCGUCCUCAACGAGACGCUGCGCCUCUAUCCCGCCGUGCCGUUCAACGUCCGCGUCGCCCUCCGCGACACGACCCUCCCGCGAGGAGGCGGACCCGACGGCGCCGAGCCCCUGCCCGUCCUCAGGGGCACAAAAGUCGGAUACUCGACCCUCGUCAUGCACCGCCGCCCCGAUCUCUACCCGCCCGCCUCCGAGACGUUUGCCGACCCGGCCGUCUUCAGCCCCGAGCGCUGGCUAGUCUGGCACCCUCGGCCGCACGACUACAUCCCCUUCAAUGCAGGCCCGCGCAUCUGCAUCGGGCAGCAGCUCGCGCUGACCGAGAUGAGCUACACGCUGUGUCGCAUUUUCCAGCGCUUCGAGCGCGUGCAGAGCUUCAUGGGGGAGAUUGAUGGCGGUCAGCCGUUGCUCAAGUCGGACAUUAUCCUGUCUCCGGGACAGGGGGUGCAUGUAGCGUUUUGGGAGGCGAAGACGGGAACCAACUCAUGA